UUACAUUCCGAAACCCCCACUGGAGGUCAUCCGAUGAUCUAAAAGCUACCGAACCUGGCUGAGCCUUACUGAUUUUACUCACAACUUUACUUUGACUUCACUACUAUCAUAUAUCGAUUCGAGCGCAGCUGGCCCAUCUUUACAACGGUAACGAGCUAUGUGCCCCAUCACAAUCGGGCUACGUCCCGAGACGUAGCCGCUGGGACUGACCUACCGGUCUCUCGAAUAUAGCUAUCUCCAGAUUCCCGCCGAGUUGUAACUCGACCACGGCCAACUCAUUCGAGUUUGCAGCCACCAGCUGAGGCUCAUGUCGGGUCUCAAAAGCUUGCCCUCUGGAAAACGACUCCGCAUAACACAUCAAGCCAACGAAGACGACAAUCCACGCAGAAACAGGCAGCACAUCAACUCCAUUUUUUAUAUAUGUAUACCAAGUCGGAUGCCUCACGCGUGCGCGCCGCAAGACGAUCGAUCUGACGCGAUGGGACUCGAAGACGCCGGCAGGCCCGUAAUCCACGUGCUAAAGAGGGAUGAGCACAACGCUGAGAGUGCACACAGUACCGUGGCUGAAGAUGAUGAUUACGGGUCUGUAUUCUUGCUAGUCCCAACAUAUAUUAUUCCCCGCUACCAUCACCCGCGCUGUUACCUUUCCUGCCGCUCGUUCCGCACACAACUGAUCGCGCGGCUGGAGAAACUCUUCGUGCAGGCUCCCUUGCACUUCUUCCCCUCUUUGACGACAUGGGCGGGUGGGGUGGACAGGACAGCUUGUCAGAUGUCGAUGAUGCAGGCCUUGAGAGUAAAGGUAAUGCAGGGGAGUCUCAUACUGGGGCCCGGAUGAAGGUGAUCCCGCCGGUGAGAUGGAAGAAGGACCUCAAGCAAAUCAUAACACAUCUAUUUUUGUUGUCGCUCACCCCGCCUCAGACUUCAAGAUUCGACUUAGGCUCGUCGCACUAUCCCAAUAGG